CACCCAUUUUAAUAAGUUUUAAUUAACCUUACAAUAGGCCCUGGAAAUUAUUUUUUGUAGAAAAGCAUUUUUGGAUUUUUAUAAUUUCCUUUGUUUGUUGCAGGCUGGUGUGACCCUCACUGUUAGUCAUGGCAUCCGAUGAUAUAGAUGUGGACUCUAUGACUCUCACUCGCUUUGUCCUCUCUGAGCAAAAACGAAUAGGAGCAACCGGGAGCUUGACACUUCUUUUGAAUGCACUCCAAACCGCCAUCAAAGCUAUCUCUGCUGCUGUCAGGAGAGCUGGAUUCGCUAAACUUGGUAGUGCUGUGGGUGAUACUAAUGUUCAAGGGGAACAAGUCAAGAAGCUGGAUGUCAUUGCUAAUGAUCUUUUCAUUAACAUGCUCAAAUCAUCUUUUGAAGUUGGUGUGAUGGUUUCUGAAGAGAAUGACAAAUGUAUUGAAGUCACUGAUUGUGGUGGUAAAUAUGUCGUUGCAUUUGAUCCACUGGAUGGUUCCUCCAACAUUGAUUGCCUUGUGUCGAUUGGAUCAAUCUUUGCCAUAUGGAAGAAAGUUUCUCCUGAUAGCAAAGCUAGUGAGGCUGAUCUUUAUCAGCCUGGUCGUACUAUGGUUGCUGCUGGUUACUCUGUCUAUGGGAGUGCUACUAUGCUAGUAAUUUCAACUGGUAAUGGAGUCAAUGGGUUUACACUAGAUCCAUCUGUUGGUGAGUUUAUACUAUCUGAUUACAACAUGAAGAUCAACAAGAGAGGGAACAUAUUUGCCAUCAAUGAAGGAUAUGCUCAGUAUUGGUCCAGUGAUGUCACCGAAUAUGUACAGAAAUGCAAAUUCCCUGGGGAUGGGAAAUCUCCAAUGGGAGCUCGGUACGUUGGCUCAAUGGUCUCCGACAUGCACCGCACACUCAAAUAUGGUGGUAUAUUUAUGUACCCUGCAACCACCAAGAGCCCCAAGGGGAAACUCCGUCUCCAGUAUGAGUGUAAUCCAAUGGCGUUCAUCAUUGAGCAGGCUGGGGGUAUGGCGUCUAAUGGAGUGAUACCCAUUCUUGAUAUUGUCCCAACCGGUAUACAUGAUCGUAGUCCCAUUUUUAUUGGAUCGGAGGAAAACGUUAAGGAUUAUUUAAAGAUUCGUGAAGAGCACGAUAAGAAGAAGUGAUGAUCAUUAUGAGUAGUGAUCAGUAACUGUAUUAUUAUUAUUAUUAUUAGUAUGUUAUCAUGUGUAUUAGUUCAAUAGUUUAGUCAACUGAUAUCUUUGUUUUUAAUAAAAUGUUUAGCAGAACUAAGAAUGCUACUUA